GAAAGAGCGAGCAAGAGACAAGGCUUCCUAUCAUUAUAAACUGCUGUGUUAGUCAUUGUGUUAAAUCAGGAGCUGUCUGGGAUUGGGAAGGCGAGUUAAAUCCUUCUCGGAAUAAACAGGAGUGCAAAGGAAUUUCCAAACUUUUUCCACAUGUGUGUAAAACAUGCUCUUCAUUUCCUCCUCUUCCUCUCCGUGCUGUUCUUCACUUCAGGAUGGCACAGUGUGGCUGCGAUGCAAGUGUACACGUCGGGUCGUGUGCAGGCGGUGAACGGCACAGAUGUCCGGUUGAAGUGCACAUUUCACAGCUCGCAUCCGAUCAAACGCUCAAGUCUCACCAUCUCCUGGAGCUUCAGGCCGCUCCGCCCCGGCAACGAGGAGUCUGUGUUUUACUUCCAUGAGAAGUCAUUUCUUCCAAAUGCGGGUCGUUUCCAGAAGAAAGUGGUGUUUGUGGGAGACAUUUCGUCAAGUGAUGCCUCCAUCCUGGUCCGGGAUGUGAUGUUCAGCUACAAUGGGACGUUCAGCUGCCAGGUGAAGAACCCGCCCGAUGUCCAUGGGAACAUUGGAGAAGUUCAACUACGGGUCGUUGCUUCAGCUCCUUUCUCUGAGAUCGUUAUUCUCGCUGUGGCCAUCGGGGGUGCUGUGCUGCUAGUGAUUGUUGUCCUGGCCAUCUACGUGUUCGUACGGCGGUGUCGAAAAUUUAAAAGGAUGGAUCAAGAAAGACUUCGAAGGGAACGAAAAGACCUGGUGGUGUGGUGAAAGAUGGAUCAAUGAAUGGAGCGGAGGAACAAAACUGAACGUGAUGAUGGAGGGAAAAGCAGGUGUUAAAUAAAGCUGCACUUCCUGUGCAGUCUGCUGUAAACUACCACGUACUUUCACAGCAGAACCUUGGCCACAAAAAUCCUUAAAUGGCAAAGAUCACAGACAGAUGAAAAUGACAAAAUGACGAUUAAACGGUAAAAGAUUGCCUCCGAAGUGCAGUGUGCGCUAAAUCUUCCAGUAAUGCAGCUCAGCUACUGCAGUGUGUCAACUCCCAUAAACACACACUCACUCAUAGGACAUACUAACACUUUCUCCUUUUAUAGAAUUCCAUUACUUUUGUUCUAAUUGAAUGACUAUUCUUGUUUGUCUUAAUUUAUGGAUUUUUUUUUUUUUGCUAGUUUCUGGAUUAGCCUGCUUCCUGUAAUGCUAGUUUCUCUGUUAGCUUGUUUUUUUUUUUUUUAUAAUGCUAGUUCCUAUGUUAGAUUGUUUCCUGUAAUGCUAGUUUCUAUGUUAACAUGUUUCUUGUAAUACUAGUUUCUGGCUUAGCUCAUUUCCUGUAAUGCUAGUUUCUGUGUUAGCCUGGCUCCUGGAACAGUUUGUGGGAAUGGAGAUGAGAGGAAGGGGACAGUUUAUCUGAGAGUAAUGACUUUAGCAAAAUGUACAUGCCUUAUAUUACAGCAUUACAUGCAAUAUACUGUAUAUUGUAUAAGCGAGUGCAUUUGUCGUAUUUGUUUUCACAUUUUAUAAUCUUUUGUUUAAUUCUAGCUACUCUGCAAAAACACCGCUGCACAGUUCCACCGCUGGCAGCCUCUCUUUUGGACAUCAUGCCAUUUUUAAUCUCUCUCUCUCUCUCUCUCUCUCUCUUUGGCAAGCAAAAUCAAGAUGAUGUUUCCUCCCUUCAGUGAAGCUAUUACUUUGCUCUUACUUAAUAUUUCUUCAUUUUGUGUAAAUGAUAUUCAUUUAGGUCCAAAUGUGUGAGCUACCUAAUAUUUUGUUCAGACUGUAAUGUACUUUCCUGACAAUGUUAAAUGAACAAACAAAUCUUACAAUACAGUAAAUA